ACCCUUUUACUCCUCCGAACGCCCCCCUCCCGACCUGCCCCACUCUCGGUCCACCUCCAUCUCCAGGUUGCUCCAUCUGGCGAUGGAAACGGCGGUAGCCGCCGCUGUCAGCGGAGGAGGCCUGGGCUACGCAGACUCCGUCGACUCCUCCCCCCGCUCCCGUGGUGGCGACUCGUGGGACGAGCCACCCUUCCCCUCCGCUGCCGCCGGCCGCCUCCGCCUGAUGUGCAGCUACGGCGGCCGUAUCGUCCCCCGGCCCACCGAUAAGACCCUGUGCUACCUUGGUGGCGAGACCCGCAUCGUGGUAGUCGACCGCCACUCGUCCCUCUCCGACCUCUCCGCCAAACUCUCCCGGACCCACCUCCGCGGUCGCCCCUUCUCCCUCAAGUACCAGCUCCCCAACGAGGACCUCGACUCCCUCAUCUCCGUCGCCACUGACGAGGACCUUGAAAACAUGAUUGACGAGUACGACCGCAUCCUUACUGCCGCCUCCACCGGUACCAGCGGCGGCUCCAACCGCUCCUCCCGUCUCCGCCUCUUCCUGUUCCCUUCUAAGCCCGAGUCGUCGCCUACGUCCUCGAUCGGAUCGCUUCUGGAUGACUCUAAGUCGGAGACUUGGUUCGUGGACGCGCUCAAUAGCACCAUGGGCGGGAUGGGAAUUGACGACCUUCCCCGCGGCCUCUCCUCCGACUCCACCUCUGUCAACUGCCUCCUCGGUCUCGAGGACGACUCUUCCAUCCACUCCCGCGGCGUCGCUGCAGUCGCCGCCGCGCCAGGUAUAGGCGGCGAAGGCACUCACUCGGAGCUGCCCGAGCAGCUUGUACUCCCGCGCCCGGAUUCGUCCGGCAAGCUUGCCCGUCAUGUCCAGGACGUCCACUCAGUCCCCGACUCGCCGAUGCUCGACACUACUUCCUCCUUUGGAUCUGCCUCCUCCGUCCCUUCUCUCUCCAAUCUCCCGCCUAUCCGCGUCCGCCCCGACGAUCGCCCUUCCGAUCCCCGCAUCGCUGGCCUCGAUGACCACUUCGCCCACAUGAACCUCUCCUCCGGCGGCGGACAGAGGCUGGGCGACGAUUUUAAGGAGCCAUCGUACGCUCCUCAGCUCCAACCCCCUCCGCCGAUCCCCUUCUCCGCUUCUUCCGCUUCCAACUUGACCAUCUCCCCUACCGAAAACCCUAGCAGAGCUUUCUCCUCCGAUGACGAUAAGUCCGACCAGGGCGGCAUCCGAAAGCCGCAGCAGCCACCGAAACCAACCGGGAUCGAAGCGCCCAACUCCGACUUAGGUUCAAGAACGGCUUAUGUGAGUGGCACUGAACCAAAACGAGAGCUCCCGGUCUCUUCCGAUCCCAGCUAUCGCAUCCCGAUUCCAGUCAUCGAUGCCGCGGGAUACCAAUUGCCUUCGAUACAACCGGAGCAAUUCCAUGAGCAGCAGCUCCAUCCCCAGCUUCAUCGUCAUCAGCAGCAUCAGUACAUUCCUGCGAAUCCUCAUUACAUCCACCACCCUGCCACUGGUGGUGUCAUCCCCGUCCCGUCUUACUUUCCAGUCGCCGCCCACGCUAUCCAGCAACCACCGCAAGCUCACCCGUACGAUCCCCAGAUGCCCGUGUACUACUAUCCGGUUCGGCAGCCUCCAUCAUACAACCUGGCGGCGGUGCAGCCCGGAAUGGGGGAUCCCAACUUGAUAUCUUCAGGCGGAAAGCCCGCUAUGCCUGCGAAUUCUGAAUUGCCUGCAAACUUAUAUAGGACAGCCGCUCCAUCCCCUGCUGCCACACUGCAAUCGCAGGUGAUCCACGUCGCGGCUGACCAAGCCCGCUCGUUUGCUGCAGGAAUGGGAUAUCAUGUGGUGCCGCAGCAGCAGCAGCAACAGCAUAUUUCGCAUUCCCCUGCAACGAUGUCUAAUUAUGGCUACGAAUUCGCUGCCGAUCAUACCCGCCCUCAGAUGUACUACUCUAAGGCCACUCCGGUGCCCUUGAGCUCGGGGGUCGUCAUCGCGGACGCGACCGCAACGGCUGAUGCUAAGGCAACAAGAGCAACCUGAUCCUGAUCGAGCAACUCUGGUAAAGGAAAUAAGUGAUAGAGGAAGAGCUUCUGCUGGAUGUGAGGGAAACUGCAGUAAGCUGUUGUGUACGUAGUCUAUUUACUAUUGAGUUAUGUUAAUUGAUCUAUGUUGGAUGUGUCAUUGUGUUCCUUCUGAUGUUUGUUGUGAUAGGAAUAAGUGAGGUGAUAUUAGGAAGUGUCUCUGUUCUUGUGUGAUCUGCGAGCCCCGAGUCGCCACGAUCUUUGCACUUGGAGCAGAUAAAUGUCAUGUUGGUCUCGAAUUGUUAUCUACUAAUAAAUUAUUCAGCAGUAUGUGUGA